AACUUCUACAAAGAGAGCAGCAGACAAAGGUAAGGAAUAGCUGUUCACUUUAACAUUAUAAAUAAAAAAUAUUUUGAACUGUCAACCUCUAAAGAAUACUACUUGCCAUUAAUUACCAAAAAAAUGAAAAUCAAGUACAAGAUCUCUUUGCACUUGCAUGGGCAGUAUCAUUAUUCUAACAAACUUUAUCCUCGGCUUUGCUGCAGAGGCCAUGGGCUGCUGGAAGCAAGAGAAAACCAACACCUGGGCUUUUCCCACCCUGAUCCUCUGCCUCUAUGGAUUCUUCUACAUGAUGAAACCAUCAGAACCUUUCCUAACACCCUAUCUAACAGGACCAGAUAAAAACCUGACCAUAGAUGAGGUUACCAACCAGAUUCUGCCAGUCUGGACAUACUCCUACCUCGCUCUCCUUUUCCCAGUGUUCCUGCUCACAGACUACGUGCGCUACAAGCCCGUCCUCCUCCUGCAGGGCAUCAGCCUCAUCGUCACGUGGCUCCUGCUGCUCUUUGCACAUGGAGUGCUGGCCAUGCAGCUGGUGGAAUUCUUCUAUGGCAUGGUCACAGCCACCGAGGUGGCCUAUUACGCCUACAUCUACAGCGUGGUCAGCACCCAGCACUACCAGAGGGUCACCAGCUACUGCAGGAGUGUCACUCUGGUGGCAGCCACCGUGGCCGCCGUGCUGGGACAGCUGCUGGUGUCCCUAGCAGGCGUGUCCUACUUCCACCUCAACGCCAUCACCUUGGCUUCCGUGUCCCUGGCGUUCCUGUGCGCCUUCUUCCUGCCCAUGCCCCAGAGGAGCAUGUUCUUCCACAGGAAAGACGCCCCCGAGCCUGUGCCAGGGCCUGCCAAGGGGCUGCCUGUGAGUGCUGCCCGCAGGCCCUCCAGCUGCCAAGAGGAAAGGAGCCCUGAUCCUGCUGCCAGGGCCGCGGGCCCCCAGCCCCAGGCUGGCAAUGCCGGGCCCCUGCGGCACAUGCUGAGCGUGCUGCUGCAGCUGGGCAGGGACCUGAGGCAAUGCUACGGCUCCCGCCAGCUCCUCUACUGGUCCCUGUGGUGGGCUCUGGCCACGGCCGGCUUCAACCAGGUGCUGAAUUAUGUCCAGGUGCUGUGGGACUUCCGGGCCCCCUCGCACAGCUCCGCCGUGUACAACGGAGCUGUCGAAGCAAUAGCAACGUUUCUAGGCUCAGUAACAUCUUUCCUAGUACAAUAUGUGAAGAUUAACUGGGACCAUUUUGGAGAACUGGCUUUAGGGAUCUUCUCUGCAAUAGAUGCUGGUUGUCUGUUUCUCAUGCACUUCUCUACCAGCAUCUGGGCAUGUUAUGCUGGAUAUCUCAUUUUCAAGGCAUGCUAUGUGCUCCUUCUGACAAUAGCAACGUUCCAGAUCGCCGUCAAUCUGAGCAUGGAGCGCUAUGCCCUGAUGUUUGGAUUCAACAACUUCAUUGCCCUGCUGAUCCAGACCAUUCUCACAAUAGUUGUUGUAGAUUCAAGAGGCCUGGGACUGGACAUAGUGACUCAAGUAAGUGCAGUUACCUUACUUCCUAUUUACUGCUCAGCCAAGUCAUCUUCAAAACUCCUAUGCCAAAAGACAACUUCAUUAUCUUUCUUCUAUAGAAAUCCAGACAUCUUGUUCUCCACUUGUCAGUCUUCAUCACUAUUUGUCAUCACUCUUCCCUUUUGCCUUUUAAUGCAUUUAGGAUUACAGAUGCUGGUCUGUUAUUUUUCAAAGGGAGAGACACCAGAACAUAACAGGCCCCGCUAUCCAACCAGUUUUAGUAGUUAAUAAGACACCAUCCUCUCUUCCCAAAAGCUCAGACUGGUUUUGUCAGAUGCAGAAUGAGUGUUCAGGACUAUGAGGCACAGUCUGGAUUAUUUGAGUUAUUUUAGCUCAAGUAACUUCUGAUUCCAGCUCAGGAGCAAACCUGGUCUGUAUCUCAACAUGUACAAUAGAGUCUUCUGCCCACAGCUUGGGCAUUUCUUUUGGGAUGGGACAUCCUAUCUCACAACUGUGUCCCUAACUUCAACCCAGUGUCACUCAUGUUGAAGUCAACUGAAACCUACUGACUUCUGCAUUUCCCUCAGAUGGGCUCUCAGCUGGGGCAGCUUUCUGCUCUAAUGGGUCUGAAGACUAAAGCUGUUCACACUCUGCACAGAGAAGGCAAAAGUGACUUUCAAAGAGUAAAGAUCGAAUCAAACAUUAAAUCUUUAAAAUUAAAGACAGGAAUAUGUAGGACUUCAUAAAUACCUUGCCACUGUUGUUGGAAAUACUGAUAUAAAAUCACAGUGUGUUUACUGAAACCAUUGUGGUGACAGUUAUUGAAACAUGCAAAAGCAAAACAAGGAUGAACUCAGGUUCUUCAUGUAGAUUAUUCAUGACUGUUUGGGUAAUGAAGGUACUUCUACAUUUUGCAUUAAUAGAAAAAAAUAUCCUGUUCUUAUCUCUCUCCCUGUCUGAUGUUUAUUAAGAGCAUGAGGAAUGGGAGAAAGGGGCAGUUCUUCAUUUCACAGUUAUCUGCUAUAUACUUGAAAAGUUGAAAUUUUGCUUAAUCACAAAGCAAAAACUCAAGUGUAGAGAAACUGCCAGAAGAAAAUCAGAGCGACUGUCAUCUUCAGAAGAAGCAGCAUUUCUCUAAUGUGUUUUUCAUUAAUUGUUCUGCCUUUUUCUCCUCCUCUCCCAGUUUUUAAUUUAUGGCAGCUACUUCGCAGUCAUACAUGGGAUUUUCAUGAUCAGAAGCAUUUGUGUGCUGGUCUCAUGCAAAUGCCAAAGGAAAAUAGUGAGAUCUUGCACAGAGCAGCUGAACCAGGCUGAGCACGAGUCAAGAGAGCAGAUUGUCACAAGCUACAUGACACGGCUGUAGGAGGCAGGCAGGCUGGAGAAGGGCUUCUCCUGGGAGAAGGGCUCCCAGCAGGGAAGAAGAGCAGCAUGCAGGGAACAGCAGUGCAAGAAGAACAUUCAACUCAGCCCUGAAAAGCUACGCUGAAUCAUUCCAGCACUUCAGCACAACAUAUGCCAGCAGAGAGCUCACCAGAAUGGCACUGUGCCAAGAAUAAAGGAUAAGUUGCUUUAGAUUCUUAUUUACAUGCAUAUAAAUAGCUUAAGGGCAGUAAUUUAUACACAGAAUCAAAGCAACCACCUUUGCAUCCCCCCGUGCACGAUGGCAGAGAGCAGAGUUCACCCUGCCUUGCUCAUUGUAGCUCCUGAAUGUGGUGCUGGCAAAGCUGCUUCUGUCACAUUUGCUGAUGUAGUGGCUGAGGGUGUGACUCCCCUUUGCACAGCCCUUGUUCUGAACCAAGGAAGAAAAGAUCACAUUUGCAUCAUUCUAUUCUUUCAUAUCCAGUACAGGCAGAUGGGGGACAGGCUCCUCCUGUCUCAUCCCACAGCUCAGUGCACACAGGCUGCAAAAAGCUGGGCUUGCACAACCUGUCCUGGGAGCUUCACUGCAACACUGCUACAUCACAGUUCUUGCUUGGCCCACAUUUGAGAGCUACAAACACUGUGCUGACUUCACAGCAACCUCUGCCGAGAAGGGAAUAACUUCAGAGUCCAAGCAAAAGGCAAGAGCACCACUCCUUUGCUUGUGCUUCCAGUAAAAUUAAAUUCAGGACUAACUGUCUUCCUUUUUCAGCAGGAAAAGAAAUAGCAUGAAGGGGCUUAUGUAGCACAGACUAAAACCAGAGAAGGACAUUGUGGAGAAAUUUAGCUGAUUCCACAGAGGAAAAUUCCAGAUUAAAAGGAAUAUCCAAGAAGAUUUAUAACUGAAACAAACAGCAAGCAUCAUGUGUGCUUUUGAGUGCCAAGUGAGGGAGGUUCACUGAUCUUGGCCAAGAAUUUGGCAGGAUCAGCCAAACUCAGUUUGUCAAGAAACUCCAAGUCCUACAGCUAAUUUUGUCCAAAAGACAGUCCAGGAGAAGAAAAAAGACUAGAAAAGAGUUUGCAUAGUGAAUGUCUAAUUUAAUAUGAACUAUAUCCAUAUGCUGAAGUUAUUUCCGUACCACUGUUUGCUUCUAGCUUCCAAUAUC